UUUCAAGGAAAAUAUUAUUUGAUCACUUGAAGGCCACUUGUUAGAAUCUCUGUUAUUUGAAAAUUUUUUAUACUUAUUAUCAUGGAAAUCACAUUUUUUCCUUUAUCUUUCUAUCUUUUAAUUGUGUUUCCAAUUGCUGUCAAUUCUUAUGACACAACAGAUCUAGAAAUUUUCGAUUUGGUCGAAGAAAUUGGGAUUGGAAACUCUUUUUAUGACGUGCUUCAAAUUUCACAGUCAGCCAAAGUUUCAGAAGUCAGAAGGGCAUACAGGAAGCUGUCCUUAGUAUGGCAUCCAGACAAAAAUGAUAGCCCAGAUGCAGAAACCAAGUUCAGACAGCUGGUUGCUAUAUAUGACGUACUUAAAGAUGAAGAAAAAAGAAAAAAGUAUGAUCAGGUUCUUCAAGAUGGAUUACCUGACUGGAGACAGCCAAUAUACUACUACCGAAAGGUCAAGAAAAUGGGACUGGCUGAGCUGGCGGUUCUCCUAUUCUUUGUUUUAACGCUUGGCCAUUAUAUAGUUUCAUGGGCCGUCUAUUUGGAAAAAGCAUUUGAGUUAGAAGAAAUAUUGGCCCCUGUGAAAAAGCGGCGGGAGAAGAAGCGAGCAAAAGGAAAGAUCGUUGCAGAUGACAUCGAUAUAACUCCAACUGCAGAUUUGCUAGAAAAGAACUAUGGGUACAAGAAGCCAGAACUACGGAAUCUUUUGCCAUUUUUGAUAUACAGAGGAACAGUGUCAACCGUUGUAGGCAUUCCUCAAACAUACCGUGAUUUGAAGCAGAAAUACCAUGAUUACAAGGAAAGGAAAAGAUUGGAAGAAGAAGAGGCCAAAGAAGCAGAAGAAGAACCGGCUGAAGAAAAACCGCGGCCAGUAAAGAAGAAGCCUGUAGUUAAACUGCGAGAUGCUUCAGAAAUUGACGACAGUUUGCCAGUGAUGUCAGCUGCCUAUAUGAACCGACAAAAUGAAGAUGAUGUGGAAAGCGACGAUCAAGUAAAUCGCAAGAAUUCCGAAUGGACCGAAGAAGAUUUGUCAGCCCUUGCAAAAGCCAUGGCCAAGUUCCCUGGAGGGACACCAGGUCGAUGGGAUCGCAUUGCGCACCAGAUUGGCCGUACUGUUCAAGAGGUUACAAAGAAGGUCAAAGAAAUGAAGACUUCUUUAUGUGAUUCUGGGACAAUCGCAUCAGGCAACCAAACAUCAGUGGCAGUUGGCAAGCGAGCUGCAUUCCAAAUCAGCGAUAAUAUAAUUUCAAAGGCGAUAGAAUCUGAGCUGAGUACCAAACCAAUCAUCACGGUCACUCAGAACGAGCUGUACAUGACCCAGGAUGAUAUACCAGAUGAUUACGACCAGGGGUUUUCGAACAAUGAUGACGAAGAUUCAGACAUUGAGCAAUACAGACAAGUCAGGAAGCGGAAGGUCAAGACGAGAAAAGAAGUACCCAAAGAAGAAGAGCAGCCGGAAGACUCAACUGAGGAAGAAAAUAAGACGCAAUGCAAAGAAGAUGAGAAGGAAGAAAAUAAACAGGAAGAUGCUACGAAGGAAAAAGAGAAUUUAGCAGAUGUUUGGAGCCAAGUACAGCAGAAAUGCUUGGAGAAUGCAUUGGCUCAGAUACCGAAAAGAAGAACCGAUCGCUGGACACACAUUGCACGUGCUGUUCCAGGUAAAACGAAGGAAGAGUGUAUUCAACGAUAUAAAAUUCUCGUGGAACACAUAAAGAAGAUGAAAGUAUCAGGAACUACAAACACAGUAACUAAAGGAAAAAAAAUUGAAUAGAAGUAUAGAAGCUUGAA